ACAGUAGAAUAAUGAAUUAAAACUGUCGUAUUUACUCUUCGCAUUAUACAGAUUGACCACCUAGUCCUCAUUUGAUUUCGGGCUUAUAGUACUUGAGUAAUCCUGCUAUUUUUAAGAUGUCGGUGGUGGGUUUUGACGUGGGUUUUCUCAACUGCUAUGUUGCGGUAGCUCGAGCCGGAGGAAUCGAGACUGUGGCCAAUGAAUACAGCGACCGAUGCACACCAGCAUGUGUGUCUUUUGGACCACGAAAUCGGUCUAUUGGAGCUGCAGCAAAAAGCCAGAUGGUCACCAACUGCAAAAACACUGUCCAUGGAUUCAAGCGUUUUCAUGGUCGGGCUUUCUCAGAUCCAUUCGUCCAGAACUUGAAGCCUAGUCUCGUUUAUGAUCUGGCACAGAUGCCAUCGGGCACGACGGGCUUAAAGGUGAUGUACAUGGAGGAGGAGAAGGUGUUCAGCAUUGAACAAGUCACUGCGAUGCUCCUCACCAAACUCAAGGAGACUGCUGAGAGCGCCCUCAAGAAGCCUGUGGCUGACUGUGUCAUCUCUGUCCCCUGCUUCUACACCGAUGCUGAAAGGAGAUCCGUCAUCGAUGCAGCUCAGAUUGCAGGACUCAACUGUCUGAGACUCAUGAACGAGACCACUGCAGUGGCUCUGGCAUACGGCAUCUACAAGCAGGAUCUACCCGCUCCUGAGGAAAAGCCAAGGAAUGUGGUGUUUGUGGAUAUUGGCCAUUCAGGCUACCAGGUUUCUGUGUGUGCCUUUAAUAAAGGCAAGCUUAAGAUUCUUGCUACAGCCUUUGACCCUGAAAUGGGAGGAAAAUAUUUCGAUGAGAGGCUGGUCAAAUAUUUUUGUGAGGAGUUUGUCGUGAAGUACAAACUAGAUGCGAAGACCAAACCCAGAGCUCUGGUCCGGCUCUUCCAGGAAUGUGAGAAGCUGAAGAAGCUGAUGAGCGCCAACUCCUCCGACCUGCCGCUCAACAUCGAGUGUUUCAUGAAUGACGUUGAUGUCUCAAGCAGACUUAACAGGGCUCAGUUUGAAGAGAUGUGUGCUGAUAUUUUAGCCCGAGUGGAGCCUCCGUUGCGCAGCCUCCUGGAACAAGCUCAUCUGAAGAAAGAUGACAUCCAUGCAGUAGAAAUAGUGGGCGGUGCUUCUAGAAUGCCGGCCAUCAAAGAGCGAAUCAGCAAGUUCUUUGGGAAAGAGCCGAGCACAACGCUGAAUGCAGAUGAAGCUGUGGCCAGAGGAUGUGCUCUCCAGUGUGCAAUCCUCUCUCCGGCUUUUAAAGUCCGUGAGUUCUCGAUAACAGAAGUGGUUCCGUUUCCCAUCUCUCUUAAAUGGAAUUCUGCAGCUGAAGAUGGAGUCAGUGACUGUGAGGUUUUCCCAAAGAACCAUGCAGCACCUUUCUCUAAAGUGUUGACCUUUUACCGGAGAGAGCCAUUUACCUUGGAUGCAUACUACAACUCCCCUAAAGAGCUCCCUUAUCCAGAUCCCACAAUAGGCCAGUAUGUUGUCCAGAAAGUGGUUCCCCAGGCCUCCGGUGAGAGUUCAAAGGUUAAAGUGAAGGUGCGAGUGAACAUUCAUGGCAUCUUUAGCGUUUCCAGUGCUUCACUAGUUGAGGUGCAGAAAUCUGAGGAGGAAGAGGAGAGCAUGGAAACCGAGCAGAGCACAGAAAAAGAAAAUGAGAACAAAAUGCAGGUUGAUCAAGAGGAACAAAAGACUCCAGAGACGGAACAGGAAAAUGGCGAGAAAAAACCUGGAACUGAGGAAAUGGAGACCUCAGCAGAGGAAGGCAAACAGGAGAAGAAAUCAGAUCAGCCUCCCCAAGCCAAGAAGCCCAAGGUGAAGACAAAGGUCCUGGAUUUGCCCAUUGAAAACAACCCGCAGUGGCAGCUGGCCAACGACAUGCUGAAUCUGUUCGUGGAGAGUGAGGGUAAGAUGAUCAUGCAGGACAAGCUGGAGAAAGAGCGCAAUGAUGCCAAGAAUUAUGUGGAGGAGUAUGUGUACGAGAUGAGGGACAAACUGCAUGGCAUAUUCGAGAAGUUCGUCACUGAGAGUGACCGAGAUGUUCUCUCAUUAAAACUAGAAGACACUGAGGUUUGGCUGUAUGAGGAUGGAGAAGAUCAGCCCAAACAAAUAUACAUCGACAAACUUGCUGAACUGAAGAACCUUGGCCAACCCAUUCAAGACAGAUACAGAGAGUUUGAGGAGAGACCCAAAGCUUUUGAAGAGCUGGGCAGACAGUUGCAGCAAUACAUGAAGAUUGUUGAGGCCUACAAAACCAAGGAAGAGCAGUAUGAUCAUCUGGAGGAGGCAGAAAUUCAGAAGGUGGACAAGAUGGUGAAUGAUGUCAUGAUCUGGAUGAACAGUAAAAUGAACCAGCAGAGUAAACAGAGUCUUGCCAUCGAGCCGGUGGUGAAAACGACAGAGAUCCAGGCCAAAACACGGGAGCUGUUUUCUACUUGCAAUCCAGUCGUGACCAAACCCAAGCCCAAAGUGGACUUGCCAAAAGAAGAGAACCCAUCAGAACCCAACGGGCCCGUCAACACACAGGAAAACCCUGAAGCUCAGCCCGGCGGCACAGAACCAGCUGCUGCAGACAGUGCAGGAAACACAGAAAACAAGCCUGACAUGGACCUUGAUUAAUCACGCUGUGUAAUGUUAUGUUAACGUUACACGUUAUGUUAUGUAACAUAAUGUUUUGUUAAUGUUAACUUAUGUUUCCAGUGACUAGAAUGCUAAAUCAUCAUCAUCAUCAUCCUCCUCCUAACAGCAGGGAGACUCUAACAGUGAGCGAAUCAGUGGCUACAUUUGCAUGUCGUUUUAUAUUAAGAAAAUCAUAAGUCAUAAUGCUGUAAGACUUCUGAUUGAGAACAAUUCUGUCUGCCUACAAUUGAGUUUCUGUCAUAUGCCGGUUCUGUCAGCUGUUGUUUCAAUAAAUAUGGAUUGAAACGUG